GUCCCUGCGCUGGCGCCGUACCAGCGGUGCUCGCCGCUGCUGCCCCGUGGCUGCGGUGACAACAAGGGGAGCCGGCCCGACCGGCGCAGUGAUUCGGGCGACUGCGUGGGAGGGGGGCGCCCCGCCCCGCCGUGACGGUAGCAUGCAGUAGCGGAGGAGGCGGGGAUGUGGCCUGGCCCCUAGCCGGAGCCGGCAGGGCCAGCCCUGGGCCAGGGCAGGGAUGAGCCAUGGCGUCGGUGAAGGUGGCUGUCCGCGUCCGGCCCAUGAACCGCAGGGAAAAGGACCUGGAUGCUAAAUUUAUUAUUUCAAUGGAAAAAAAUAAAACAACAAUCACAAAUAUAAAGAUACCAGAAGGAGGAACAGGAGACCUAGGAAGAGAACGGACAAAAACAUUUACCUACGACUUCUCCUAUUUCUCAGCAGAUAGUAAAAGUCCUAUUUAUGUGUCUCAAGAAGUGGUUUUCAAAAAUCUUGGCACAGAUGUCCUUGCAUCUGCUUUUGAAGGUUAUAAUGCUUGUAUUUUUGCGUAUGGACAGACUGGAUCUGGAAAGUCCUACACUAUGAUGGGAAAUGCUGGUGAUGCUGGUUUAAUACCUAGAAUUUGUGAAGGAUUAUUCAGUAGAAUAAAUGAAAAAACAAGAUGGAAUGAAGCAUCAUUUCGAACAGAAGUCAGUUAUCUGGAAAUAUAUAACGAACGUGUGAGAGAUCUGCUUAGGCGGAAAUCAUCAAAAACGUAUAAUUUAAGAAUACGAGAGCAUCCGAAAGAAGGGCCUUACGUUGAGGAUUUGUCCAAACAUUUAGUACAAAAUUACAGCGAUGUAGAGGAACUUAUGGAAGCAGGAAACAUAAAUCGAACCACUGCUGCAACUGGAAUGAAUGACGUUAGCAGCAGGUCUCAUGCCAUUUUCACGGUCAACUUCACUCAGGCUAAAUUUGAUGCUGAAAUGCCUUGUGAGACUGUUAGCAAGAUCCAUUUGGUAGAUCUUGCUGGAAGUGAGAGAGCAGAUGCCACUGGUGCUACAGGGGUUAGAUUAAAGGAAGGAGGGAAUAUUAACAAAUCUCUAGUUACUCUGGGAAAUGUCAUUUCUGCCUUAGCUGAUUUAUCUCAGGAUGCAACAAAUCCUCUUGCAAAGAAGAAGCAAGUAUUUGUGCCUUACAGGGACUCUGUGUUGACUUGGCUGUUGAAAGAUAGCCUAGGAGGAAACUCUAAAACGAUAAUGAUUGCCACUAUUUCACCUGCUGAUGUCAAUUAUGGAGAAACCUUAAGUACGCUUCGCUAUGCAAAUAGAGCCAAAAACAUCAUCAACAAGCCUACUAUUAAUGAGGAUCCUAACGUCAAACUAAUUCGUGAGCUGAGAGCUGAAAUAGCUCGAUUAAAAACCUUGCUCGCUCAAGGGAAUCAGAUUGCACUCUUGGAUUCUCCAACAGCUUUAAGUAUGGAGGAGAAGCUUCAGCAGAAUGAAGCAAGAGUACAAGAGCUGACCAAAGAGUGGACAAACAAGUGGAAUGAAACCCAAAAUAUUCUAAAAGAACAAACCUUAGCCCUUAGGAAAGAAGGAAUUGGUGUCGUUUUAGAUUCGGAACUGCCUCACCUCAUUGGCAUUGAUGAUGAUCUUCUCAGUACUGGGAUCAUCUUGUAUCACUUGAAGGAGGGCCAAACAUAUGUUGGCAGAGAAGAUGCUGCGACAGAACAGGAUAUUGUUCUUCAUGGCCUUGAUUUGGAAAGUGAGCACUGCGUGUUUGAAAAUCUCAGCGGUACAGUGAAUUUAAUACCACUGAAUGGAGCACAGUGUUCUGUGAAUGGAAUUCAGAUUACCGAGGCCACACAACUAAACCAAGGUGCUGUUAUAUUACUUGGGAGAACCAAUAUGUUUCGCUUUAAUCAUCCCAAGGAAGCUGCCAAACUGAGGGAAAAAAGAAAGAGUGGACUACUGUCUUCCUUCAGUUUAUCUAUGACAGAUCUUUCAAAAUCUUGUGAAAACCUCUCAGCUGUCAUGCUUUAUAAUCCAGGUCUAUUCCCUGUAAAAGGACCAAUCUGUCUAAGACUAGAAUUUGAGAGACAACAACGAGAGGAACUGGAAAAAUUAGAAAGUAAAAGGAAACUGAUAGAAGAAAUGGAAGAAAAACAAAAAUCUGACAAGGCAGAACUAGAAAGAAUGCAGCAAGAGGUGGAGUCACAGCGCAAGGAAACAGAAAUAGUACAACUAGAAAUACGAAAACAGGAAGAGAGCCUGAAACAGCGAAGCGUUCACAUUGAAAGCAGGUUAAAAGACUUGCUGGCUGAAAAAGAGAAAUUUGAAGAAGAAAGACUACGAGAACAUCAGGAGAUAGAAUUUCAGAAAACGAAACAACAGGAAGAAAUUUUUGCUAGAGUUAAAGAAGAACUGCAACGCUUGCAAGAACUUAAUAAUAAUGAAAAAGUUGAGAAAAUGCAGAUUUUCAGAGAACUAGAAAAACUUAAAAAGGAAAAAGAUGAACAGUACAUCAAGCUGGAAUUAGAAAAAAAGAGGCUUGAAGAACAAGAAAGGGAGCAGGUGAUGCAAGUGGCUCACCUAGAAGGACAGCUUCGAGAGAAACAGGUCAUGAUACAGCUACUCAAAAGAGGGGAUGUGCAAAGGGUUGAAGAAGAGAAAAGAGAACUUGAAGAUAUUAGAGAAUCUCUCUUGAGGGUCAAGGAAGCUAGAUCUGAAGGUGAUGAAGACAGUGAAGAAUUAGAAAAAGCACAGCAUAAUUUUAUGGAUUUUAAAAGAAAUCAAUUAGAACAAUUAACUAUUUUGGAGAAAGACUUAUUUCAACAAAGGGAUCAUCUAGAAAAGGAAGUAGCAGAUGAACAUGAAACUCUGGAACGUUUAAAAUAUGCACACAAAGAACGGUUAAACCUCCUCAAGAAAGACGAUGAAAAUGUUGUGGAUGCUGCACUGAUGGUUGAAGAAUUUGACAAGAUAAAGCCAGCAGAAUACAGGCUCCAGUAUAAAGAGCGCCAACUUCAAUACCUAAUGCAUAAUCACUUGCCAGCUUUGUUGGAAGAAAAACAGAGAGCUUCUGAAGUCCUUGAUAGAGGCCUGCUAGGGUUAGACAAUACUCUUUAUCAAGUUGAGAAAGAAAUGGAAGAAAAAGAAGAACAGCUUGCGCAAUAUAGAGUCAGCACUAACCAGCUGCAGCAGCUCCAAGAAACAUUUGAAUUUACAGCCAACAUAGCUCGUCAGGAGGAAAAAGUUCGGAAAAAAGAAAAAGAAAUUCUCGAAUCAAGGGAAAAACAGCAGAGAGAGGCACUGGAGCAAGCAGUAGCUAAGUUGGAAAGGAGACACUCUGCUCUGCAGCGUAGUUCCACAAUAGACGUUGAAAUUGAAGAGCAAAAACAAAAACUUGCAAUUCUGAACAGCAGCUGCAGUGAACAGGCAGGUCUGCAGGCUAGUCUAGAAGCUGAACAAAAAGCCCUGGAACAGGAUAGAGAAAGACUGGACCAGGAAAUUCAACAGCUGAAGCAGAAGAUAUAUGAAGGUGAUGGUGUACAAAAAGGAUAUCAUGGAACAGUAGAGGAGAGACUCUCUCUCACCAAUUCCCCUACCAGCCCUACAAAGUCACAGUCCCAUUUUAUUCCACUGGUUGAUGACAGAAUUAAUGCAUUAAUUGAAGAAGAAGUGCAAAGGCGUCUUCAGAAUAUUCACCACACAUCUGAAAAUAACAGUAUGGGCCUGUCUCAGUCUACAGAAAUUCUAAAGGAUAGUGAAAUGCUUCAUAAUGGUACUGUUCAGCGCAAGUUGAAGUAUGAGAAAAGACGACCUUGGCAGCUACAUUACAGCCUCCCUUAUGACUUUAAAGAUGAUGAUAUUGGCUCUAACUUGGCUGGAGAAGAUACAACCAUAGCAGACCUCAAAAGACACACCAAAUGUCCAGAGAUGUGGAGCUUAUUUUCUAUUCCCGAACAAAUCUGUUACCUCUCUCCAUUACAAAAGGGAGUUGAGAAUGAAAAGAACCAGUCGGAACUGCAUUGUUUUGAUUGCCUAUAUGAUACUGAAUGUGAACUGAAUCACCCUAAAAAUACUAACAUUUUUAAUGGGGAGAAAAUUCAUUAUAAAAAUGUUACAUUCACUUCUCCACAUAAUCAUGAUAUGGGCAAUGUGGAGCAUUCGCAAUAUAAAAUGGUGAAUCUCAAUAAUUCUGAAUAUGCAAAAAUUACUUCUCAGGAUGGGGACACCACAACAACUGAAUUUGAUUGUUCCCAUUCACAACAUCUCUCUAGCUCAGAACCUUUAGCCUGUGGGAAUGAGCAGGUUAGAUUUAGCAGCACAUCUUGCUUAAUUCUCCCUCAGUCCGGUAUACUUUCUGAAAUAGCACCCAAAGAGAACAAUCCACAUAACACAGUGUAUUGCACUAUUCCAGACCAAUCUCAUAUUUCUCAGCAGCCAGUUGAAGAAGACCUGGAUAUUAGCAAAAUCAUCUCCCCAAAAUCAGAAGCGUCCUGCUCAGAUGUGAGAACAGAACAGAGCUAUGGCUUAGGCUAUCUUUUCAGCAAGCUCUCUUGUCUUUACAAAGACACUAGUAGUAGUUUGCUCAAUAGUGCUCAAAUUAUUAAACAAAUAAAGGAGCUGGGCAAUCUGUGUGAUAGAAGUGAGAGAUGUGCACAAGUGGCAUCGUUGCUGAAAAAAUUGCCAUUUGUAAAAAUAUUACAGGUAAAUGUGCCUUUCAAAUCGGAUAUGAAGAAGGCCACGCCUCACUCCAUUAAUGAGGACAACGCGCAUAUUGAUAGCAGCGUUCAGUCAGAACACAAUAUUCUCUGUUGGCAGGAGGUUAAGUGUGUAUCCUCAAAAAUCUCAAGCAUGCAUGCACGAGAUUCUUCUGAAGGAUCUAUGUACUGGUAUGGAAAUGAAGAAAUGAAAACGAGUUUAGUGUUAAGGCAAAACCUUGUGCAUUUUCCAGAUGAGUUACUGAAACUUCAAGUCUGUUCUCUUGAAAGACUAUUGGAGUAUGUGAUCUGUGCCUUACCACAAGUUUGUGCCAGUAUGGAUCAAUUAAAAGGUGUAUAUUGGUUUGCUGUUGGCAAUUGCAAGACACCUGAUCCAGAGCCGGCUUGUUUGCUUUUGUUCAGCUCCGUUUUGUAUGCCGUUGUUUUAUCAGUCAACCAAGAAGACAACUGUCAGGAUUCCUUGGCAAUUUUUCAUGUUCUUCCAAUCACCAUGAUAAGAGAAAUUGAAGUUGGUUUUGCUGGACAGAGUGUUAGACUUGUAUGCUGUACUGAAGAUAGUUUACUCACAAUAUUUACCUAUAACAAAGACUUCACGCAGAGAAUAUGCCAUGAUAUACUGAGUAUUUUGAUUACGACAUCAGAUGAUGAUGCUUGUUUAAAUCACCAGCUGCUGAAAGGUGAUUUGUUGCAGCUGUCACUUCACUGGACAUCAGAAGUCACUGACUUAGUUUUUGCAAGUGGAAUACGGUUGUCCUGCAAAUUCCAGAGUGCCUUAGCUGACUUGAUGUACUUAGUUCAUGAAAACAUGGAAACUAAUAAACCCCCUUUAGGAGAUGUUCAUGUAUUGCUCUAUACCACAGUGAAGAUAGAAGACCAUUUUAAACAAAUGACCUACAGAUCACUGGUUCUUACAACUACUCAUAUAGGACUCAUAAAGGAAGAUAGGGUUUUCUACCCUGUGCCUAGUUUUUUGUACACUUUACCUCAGCGGUCCCAGUUUGACAAAAUUCAGUUAUACUGUUUGAAUGAACUCCGAUGUGUGGUGGUCCCAGACAAAGAGAAUUUAACAAGAAUUCAGCUUGUUUUUUCUAAAAUGAGCAAGGUUGGAUCUGAUUCAGGGAUUGGUUUUCCUAAACCCCAUACAAAAGAAACAAAUACUCAGCUGACACUUGUUCCAUCAUUUUUUCAAGACAAUUUAAAUGUUCCAUUGGAAAUCUGGAAAAUAACGUUCAGUUCAAAUGAAGAAGCCAUUUGGCUAAUUAUGUAUUUGUCUAGGCAUAGAAAUCCAGAUACAUUUUAGAUCCAACAAAAGUAGACAGGCUAAUGGAUAUUGAUACACUUUUUUAUCACUGCUGUUAGACAGUAAGCAAAAGAGUAAAUUUAGGACCUUUCUUUAAGUAUUGUAGAGAAUACCACAGGGUACAUACGAGGGCUGUCAAGUGAUAAUUUUUUUAAUUGCGAUAAGAAAAAAAAAUCACGAUUAAUUGCAUGAUUAAAAAAAUCGCUGAAGCAUGAAGGGGCAUACGAAUGUUUACUAUAUCUGGCACAUAAAUACCUUGCAAUGCCAGCUACAAAAGUGCCAUGCGAAUGCCUGUUCUCACUUUCAGGUGACAUUGUUAAUAAAAAGGAGGCAUUCUCAGAAAUGCUCCCAGUUCCAUGCGCUGGGCCAUGUAGGCAGGCAGAGCUUCAGAGUCUCAAUGCGUGGAUGAGACAAUGGUGUAGAGAGAAGGGGUUUAGAUUCAUUAGGAACUGAGGAAACUUUUGGGAUGAGGGGAGCCUAUACAGGAGAGAUGGGCUCCACCUAAACCAAAGUGGAACCAGACUGCUGGCACUAAACAUUAAAAAGAUUGUAGAGCAGUUUUUAAACUAGGAGAUGGCGGGGAAAGCCGACUGCUGCAGAGGAGCAUGUGGCUCGGACAGAGACUUCUCUUAGAGGAGAGUCUAUUGAUAGAGAUUCUCUAGGUUAUCGUCAGGAACAGACGAUGGAAGAGGAUAAUGUAAGGGCCAGAUCAGACGGGAAACAUUCACAUAAAGAAUCUGACACAUCAGAAAAGGGCAGACAGAUAAACAGUGACAAGUUUUUAAAGUGCUUAUACACAAAUGCUAGAAGUCUAAAUAAUAAGAUGGGUGAACUAGAGUGCCUUGUGAUAAAGGAGGAUAUUGAUAUAAUAGGCAUCACAGAAACCUGGUGGACUGAGGACAAUCAAUGGGACACAAUCAUUCCUGGGUACAAAAUAUAUCGGAAGGACAGAACAGGUCGUGCGGGGGGGUGGCACUAUAGGUGAAAGAAAAUGUAGAAUCAAAUGAAGUAAAAAUCUUAAGUGAAUCCACAUGUUCCGUAGAAUCUCUAUGGAUAGUAAUUUCAUGCUCUAAUAAGAAUAUAACAUUAGGGAUCUAUUAUCGACCACCUGACCAGGACAGUGGUGAUGAUGAUGAAACGCUAAGGGAAAUUAGAGAGGUUAUCAAAAUUAAGAACUCAGUAAUAGUGGGGGAUUUCAAUUAUCCCCAUAUUGACUGGGAACAUGUCACCUCCGGACGAAAUGCAGAGACAAAAUUUCUCAAUACUUUAAAUGACUGCUUCUUGGAGCAGCUGGUACGGGAACCCACAAGGGGAGAGGCAACUCUAGAUUUAGUCCUGAGUGGAGCGCAGGAGCUGGUCCAAGAGGUAAUAAUAACAGGACCGCUUGGAAAUAGUGACCAUACUAUAAUAACAUUUAACAUCCCUGUGGUGGGAAGAACAUCUCAACAGCCCAACUCUGUGACAUUUAAUUUCAAAAAGGGGAACUAUGCAAAAAUGAGGGGGUUAAACAGAAAUUAAAAGGUACAGUGACUAAAGUGAAAUCCCUGCAAGCUGCAUGGGUGCUUUUUAAAGACACCAUAAUAGAGGCCCAACUUCAAUGUAUACCCCAAAUUAAGAAACACGGUAAAAAAGCUAAAAAAGAGCCACCGUGGCUUAACAACCAUGUAAAAGAAGCAGUAAGAGAUAAAAAUACUUCCUUUAAAAAGUGGAAGUCAAAUCCUAGCGAGGUAAAUAGAAAGAAGCAUAAACACUGCCAAAUUAAGUGUAAAAAUGUAAUAAGAAAAACCAAAAAGGAGUUUGAAGAACGGCUAGCCAAAAACUCGAAAGGUAAUAACAAAAUGUUUUUUAAGUACAUCAGAAGCAGGAAGCCUGCUAAACAACCAGUGGGGCCCUUCGAUGAUAGAGAUAGAAAAGGAGCGCUUAAAGGUGAUAAAGUCAUUGCGGAGAAACUAAACAAAUUCUUUGCUUCAGUCUUCACGGCUGAAGAUGUUAGGGAGAUUCCCAAACCUGAGCCAGCUUUUGUAGGUGACAUAUCUGAGGAACUGUCACAGAUUGAAGUGUCACGAGAGGAGGUUUUGGAAUUAAUUGAUAAACUUAACAGUAACAAGUCACUGGGACCAGAUGGCAUUCACCCAAGAGUUCUGAAAGAACUCAAAUGUGAAAUUGCGGAACUAUUAACUAGGGUUUGUAACCUGUCCUUUAAAUGGGCUGGAAGUUAAUGUAACUCCAAUAUUUAAAGAGUGCUCUAGAGGUGAUCCCAGCUAUUACAGACCGGUAAGUCUAAUGUCUGUACCGGGCAAAUUAGUCGAAACAAUAGUAAAGAAUAAAAUUGCCAGACACAUAGAAGAACAUUAAUUGUUGGGCAAAAGUCAACAUGGUUUCUGUAAAGGGAAAUCAUGUCUUACUAAUCUAUUAGAGUUCUUUGAAGGGGUCAACAAACAUGUGGACAAGGGGGAUCCAGUGGACAUAGUGUACUUAGAUUUCCAGAAAGCCUUUGACAAGGUCCCUCACCAAAGGCUCUUACAUAAAUUAAGUUGUCAUGGGAUAAAAGGGAAGGUCCUUUCAUGGAUUGAGAACUGGUUAAAAGACAGGGAACAAAGGGAUGGAAUUAAUGGUAAAUUCUCAGAACGGAGAGGGGUAACUAGUGGUGUUCCCCAAGGGUCAGUCCUAGGAUCAAUCCUAUUCAACUUAUUCAUAAAUGAUCUGGAGAAAGGGGUAAAAAGUGAGGUGGCAAAGUUUGCAGAUGAUACUAAACGGCUCAAGAUAGUUAAGACCAAAGCAGACUGUGAAGAACUUCAAAAAGAUCUUACAAAACUCAGUGAUUGGGCAACAAAAUGGCAAAUGAAAUUUAAUGUGGAUAAAUGUAAAGUAAUGCACAUUGGAAAAAAUAACCCCAACUAUACAUACAAUAUGAUGGGGGCUAAUUUAGCUACAACAAAUCAGAAAAAAGAUUUUGGAGUCAUCGUGGAUAGUUCUCUGAAGAUGUCCACGCAGUGUGCAGAGGUGGUCAAAAAAGCAAACAGGAUGUUAGGAAUCAUUAAAAAGGGGAUAGAGAAUAAGAUGGAGAAUAUAUUAUUGCCCUUAUAUAAAUCGAUGGUACACCCACAUCUUGAAUACUACAUACAGAUGUGGUCUCCUCAUCUCAAAAAAGAUAUACUGGCACUAGAAAAGGUUCAGAGAAGGGCAACUAAAAUGAUUAGGGGUUUGGAGAGGGUCCCAUAUGAGGAGAGAUUAAAGAGGCUAGGACUUUUCAGCUUGGAAAAGAGGAGCCUAGCGGGGAUAUGAUAGAUGUAUAUAAAAUUAUGAGUGAUGUGGAGAAAGUAGAUAAGGAAAAGUUAUUUACUUAUUCCCAUAAUACAAGAACUAGGGGUCACCAAAUGAAAUUAAUAGGCAGUAGGUUUAAAACAAAUAAAAGGAAGUUCUUCUUCACACAGCGCGCAGUCAACUUGUGGAACUCCUUACCUGAGGAGGUUGUGAAGGCUAGGACUAUCACAGCGUUUAAAAGAGAACUGGAUAGAUUCAUGGAGGUUAAGUCCAUUAAUGGCUAUUAGCCAGGAUGGGUAAGGAAUGGUGUCCCUAAACUCUGUUUGUCAGAGGAUGGAGAUGGAUGGCAGGAGAGAGAUCACUUGAUCAUUACCUGCUAGGUUCACUCCUCUGGGGCACCUGGCAUUGGCCACUGUUGGUAGACAGGAUACUGGGCCAGAUGGACCUUUGGUCUGACCCAGUACGGCUAUUCUUAUGUUCUUAUAAGGCAGCAGAUCUCCCGUAAAUGUAAACAAAUUUGUUUGUCUUAGCGAUUGGCUGAACAAGAAGUAGGACUGAGUGGACUUGUAGGCUCUAAGUUUUACAUUGUUUUGUUUUUGAGUGCAGUUAUCACAAAAAAAAUCUACAUUUGUAAGUUACACUUUCACGAUAAAAAGAUUGCACUACGGUACUUGUAUGAGGUAAAUUGAAAAAUACUAUUUCUUUUAUCAUUUUUACAGUGCAAAUAUUUGUAAUAAAAAAUAAUAUAAAGUGAGCACUGUACACUUUGUGUUCUAUGUUGUAAUAGAAAUCAAUGUUUUCUACAUUUUCAAAACAUU